GAGUCAUCAGCCUGCCCUACGCAGAGAUCAGGGAGCCCUUCGAAGCCUGGUACAACCUCACCGGGGGAAAGAGCCGCAUCGAGUACUACGGCGGCCAAGUGGUCACCUACCAGUUUGGCUCCAUCGAACCCUUCGGCGCCAGCUUCAAGGUGACGCCCGAGACCACGGAGACGGAGGUCAACGUCCGCAAGUGCUUCCGCAUCAACGGCACCGACGGGGACCUCAUCGCCCCGCAGAGCGUCUUCCCCAGCCUGGAGAACUUCAAGCGGGUGCGGGAGGAGCGCUUCCGCGGGCAGCGCUGCGCCGUCUGGCAGAACGUCUCCUACUGGGGGCCCAAGAAGAACGUCUACACGCUGCGGGUGGGCAGCUCGGCCCACGGCCCCGUGCCCCUCCACUACGAGGUGCACGGCUUCAACAGCCUCCUGGGCUCCCACUACGACAAGUACGAGAUCGACUACUCCUCCUUCAGCCACCGCUUCCCCCCUGGCGUCUUCCACCUCCCCGAGGCUGGGGGCUGGGAGAGCUCGUCCCAGCUCAGGAGGCACCAGUCACCGCCCGUGCCUCGUGGCAGGGGUGCAGAGCAGUGGCCCGCGGCCGGCCCCGAGCACCGCAUCGUGGCCAACCCCAUGCAAGAGUUUGUGGGGAGGGCACGGGAGACAGCCCACGUCCACCACCGCCUCUUCCACCGCUACAAGGAACGGUUCGGGAAGAGCUACGGCAGCGAGGAGGAGCACGAGCACCGCAAGCACACCUUCAUCCACAACAUGCGGUUCGUGCACUCGAGGAACCGCGCCGCGCUCUCCUACACGCUGGCCUUGAACCACUUGGCCGACCGCACGCCCCAGGAGCUG